AUGGAAUCGGAAGACAUCGUGCACGGCCUUUUCAAGCUUAAUUCAGCACGUUAUGCAUAUGGGUACUAUCCUUUGAUCUGGGACUCUACCCUUGCCUCCUAUGCGCAAUUCAAUGCCAACCAAUUGGGCUAUGGUGCCGUGGUUCCUGAUAAUUUGCAGAGAACUGCUGUAUACACAGAGACCUCGGCUACAUGCGUGGGUCAACCACAGAGGCGUACUUUCGAGACUGCGGCGAACUUCUGGCUCAUUGCCAAAGACAGGCCCAACCGUGAACAAAUGGACUACUACAACUACCAUGUAAUCAUGGAUCCUGAGGCGAAUCGAAUCGGAUGUGGUCUGUCAUAUGAUGAUCAAAAGCCAUGCGUUUUUCACACGGUUUGUAUGCUUUCUUCCUAA